ACAUUGGGUGUGCCAGACUGUACGCUUGCGUGGCACUGAGGUGAUGUUAUGGGCCGCUAUACGGGCAAAAAAUGUCGCCUGGUGUGCAUGUUCUGGCUGACGGCGUUCUUCUUCCUGGUGGAGAUAAUCGUCGGCUAUGUCACCAACUCCAUGGCGCUGGUCGCCGACAGCUUCCACAUGCUCAGCGAUGUCGCUGCGUUAGUGGUCGCUUUCCUAUCGGUCAAGAUGUCGCCGAAAAAAUGGUCGAAAAACACGUUUGGUUGGGCGCGUGCGGAGGUGCUGGGAGCCCUCGUUAACGCCGUCUUUCUAGUCGCUCUCUGCUUCUCCAUCACCGUAGAGGCAUGCAAAAGAUUUAUAGAGGUAGAAAUAAUCCAUGAACCGCAGCUGAUCGUUGUUGUCGGGGCAUUAGGACUAAUAGUUAAUAUUAUUGGACUCUUCCUGUUCCAUGAACACGGAGGCCACGGUCACUCUCACGGCGGCUUCAGCCAGUCGGACAGUGCGCAUGCGCACAGCCACCUGUCACGCAGCCACACGCGACUGACGCAGCUGGUGUCGGCAGGUGCAUCUUCAGUGGCCGGAAACGCGGCCAAUGGUAACACCACCGAUGACAACGAGAACCUCAGGCAUCAGCACAACGGCAAGAUGGCCGCCGACGCUGCGCAGAUGAAUAUGCGCGGGUAUUCCCCCGUGUUGGCCGAUGCGCUCGGUUCGGUUAUUGUCAUCAUAUCGGCUCUGGUUGUAUGGCUGACAGACUGGCGCUUCAAGUACUACAUGGACCCGGCUCUGAGCAUUGUCAUGGUGGUCCUCAUCCUCCGAUCAGUCUGGCCUCUGCUGCAGGAGUCAGCUCUCAUCCUCCUACAAACUGUUCCUACACAUAUUCAG